AUGAAGUGGGAGAUAUGGUCGCAUCCUCUUGAGCAGAGCACUAUAGUUGUUCUCUGGAACCGUCCGUCUGGGCGAUACAUAAUGAGUGUCGGUGACCAAGAAAAGAUUGAAACCAGCCAUGGCGAUGAGAAUGAGGUGAAGUUUCAUUGGUACCUGGAGGGCGCCGAUGUCAAGAACCCCGACAACAGAAUCCCCGUUAAGUAA